ACGCCCGCUACUUCCUCAAAGCAUGCAUUUUUGAAUCCUUGGAGUAACAACUUUUGAGACUGCCCGAGGUUUCACACAAGAUUCCAUUCACUUUUGCAUCGUUUCCAACUGAUUCAUUCCUUCCUACCAAGAAAACCAUGAACACUGCAGGAGAGUCGUCGUUUGUUUCUUCAGUCAAGAAAGUGGGAGAGCUCCUUCUCCCUCCGUUCAUUCAAUCGCUGUGGGAUCAAUUGGUGGUUCCAGAGUUUUUGGACUUCGUACGUGGAGCAGGACUUGAAGAAAAUUUGGACAAGUGGAGGAAAACGCUGUCAAGAAUUCAGACAAUGCUUGAUGAUGCCGAGGAAAAGCAACACAGUGACAGGGCUGUGAAAGAGUGGUUGGAUGAUCUCAGAGACUUGGCUUACGAUCUCGACGACAUUGUGGAUGAACUCACCACUAAAGCAUCGAAAGCUGAAAAUCAGGAUCGCCCAAGUAAGGUACGGAAACUCACCCCAGUUGCUUGGUUUACUCGUUUGACUCCAAGUCAUUUUAAGAUCAAAAGUAGGCUGGGGUCAAAGAUAAAGGAGAUCACUGAUCGAUUCAAUGAUAUCGAGACACGAAAAAAUCAACUGAAUUUGAAUCAAACUGCUGAUGAGAGGUCGUCAAACAAAAGGAGAUGGACAGCGGUGCCAACUUCUGUAAUGAAUGAUAGUCAUGUUUAUGGCAGGGAAAAAGAUAAAGAGGUUGUGCUUGAAUUGUUGCUGGGUGAAAAAUGUAGUGAAGCUGGAGUUUCUGUGAUUCCUAUACUUGGCAUGGGAGGUAUAGGAAAGACAACUCUUGCCCAGCUUUUAUUUAAUGAUGAAAAAGUGCAAAGCUUUUUUGAUUUGAAAGCAUGGGCUUGUGUUUCUGAAGACUUUGAUGCUGUUAGGGUGACAAAAGCAAUUAUAAAAUCGGUCACCUCUGCAAGCUGUGACGAAACUGAUCUGAAUUUGUUGCAAGUCCAACUCAAGGAGAAACUAAAAGGGAAGAGGUUUCUAGUCGUUCUUGACGAUCUAUGGAAUGAGAACUACCAUGACUGGACUAUCCUAUGUGCUCCUUUCCUAGCAGGAGCUCCUGGAAGUAGGAUUGUCAUCACAACUCGCAAUCAAGGAGUUUCAUCAAUGACGAGUACCAUUCCAGCCUACUGUCUGAAAGUAUUGUCAAAUGAUGCUUGUUUGUCUGUAUUUACCCAACAUGCACUAGGGACAAGCAACUUCAGUGCACAUCCAAAUCUGAAAGAUAUUGGUGAAAAAAUCGUUGAAAAAUGUAAAGGCUUGCCUUUGGCAGCAAAGACCCUCGGAGGCCUCUUGCGCACUACGUUGGACUGUUAUGAGUGGGAAGGUGUACUAAAGAGCAAGAUAUGGGAUAUACCAGAGGGGAAAAGUCCAAUUGCUCCAGCUCUUAUGUUGAGCUACCAUCAUUUGCCUUCACAUUUAAAGAGGUGCUUUACGUAUUGUUCAAUAUUCCCUAAGGACUAUGAAUUUGAAGAGGAGCAGUUGGUUUUGUUAUGGAUGGCAGAAGGUAUAAUUCAGCCACAAGGAGAUAAGCAAAUGGAAGAUUUGGGUAGUCAGUAUUUUCACGAUCUAUUGUCGAGAUCAUUUUUUCAACAGUCAAGCAUGAGGAAAUCAAAAUUUCUAAUGCACGACCUUAUCAACGAUUUAGCCCAAUGGGUUGCAGGAGAUAUAUGCUUCAGAAUGGAGGAUAGAAUUGAGAGCAUCAACAAAGGAAAAAUUUCCAAAACAGUUCGGCAUUUGUCUUACCUGGGUGACUGGUUUGAUGGCGCUAAAAAGUUCGAGGUUUUUUCUGAACUCACGUGUCUACGUACCUUCAUGCCUCUUGUGCUACCUAGUAUGGGGAGAUGUUAUUUGACUCAUGACGUUCCUCUUAAAUUGUUGUCAAAAUUACCAUGUUUAAGAGUGCUCUCUUUGAGUGGGUACUCCAUAGUUGAGCUACCGGAUUCAAUUGGUGAUUUGAAGCACCUACGGUAUCUUGACCUCUCUUACACUCGAAUUAGAGGUUUGCCUGAAUCAAUAACCACUCUUUGCAACUUACAAACACUGCUAUUGAAAAGUUGUUAUUAUCUAAAGGAAUUGCCUUCAAAUUUGGGGUACCUGGUCAACUUGCGCCACCUCAACAUUCUCAAUGCAGAUAAACUGGAAGGGAUGCCUCUUCAAAUAGGUAAAUUAACUAGCCUCCGGACAUUGUCUAAUCUAAUUGUGAGAAAAUGCAAUUGCUUCGCGUUAAAAGAGUUAGGUUUUUUGUUGCAUCUUCAAGGGACACUCAUUAUCUCAAGAUUAGAGAAUGCCAUUGAACCCAAGGAUGCAAGCGAUGCAAAGUUAAUUGAAAAGCCUAAUCUCAAUGAAUUGUGCUUGGAAUGGAGCGCCCGUGUGGAUUGGUCGAAAGAUAGAGCAAGCGAAUUAGACGUACUUAACGUGCUACAUCCAAACAAGUCUUUGAAAAAGCUCACUAUCAGGUGCUAUGGUGGUACAGAAUUUCCGACUUGGUUAAAAGGUCAUUCAUUUCCUCAUUUGGUACUCCUAAGGAUUGAAAAUUGUAAAAAGUGCACAUCAUUGCCACCAGCUGGCCAACUACCAUCACUUAAACACAUUUUCAUCGCAGGCAUGGCUAGUGUAAAGAAUGUUGGUGAUGAGUUUUAUGGGGGUAGUUGUUCACAACCUUUUGAAUCCUUACAAACUUUGUAUUUCAAGGAUAUGGAAGAAUGGGAGAGCUGGAGCUCUAAUGGAGAAUUACCACACCUGCGUGAGCUUUUUAUUAUAAAUUGUCCCAAGCUGUUGGGGAAUUUACCAAACCACAUUCCCUCACUACAAAAUGUUGUUAUAGAAAGAUGUGAGCAGUUGGUGGUUUCAAAUGCAAGAUUUCCGGAGCUUUGCAAACUAGAAUUUGAGAAUUUAAGGGGUGGUACGCAAAAGUAAGGUGGACUUCACCUCACUAAACUCUAAGUCUCUUGCUAGAAUUUCAAACUUCACAUGUCCAAGAGAAGGGUUUAUGAAUGUAGAAGAGCUAAGGAUUGCAAAUUGUGAGGAGCUAACGCCAUUAUGGUCAAAUGAUGUGGGAUUACUAAAACCCCUCCCCUGUCUUAGUUAUAUGAUUGUUGAUAACUGCCAAAAGCUAGUUUCUUUGGUGGCAGAAGAAGCAAAAGAGCAGUCACAGCAGGGUAUGCCAUCCACACGCAAUGACAUGAAAUCUUUACCCAAGGCAUUGAUGUACAACAACAAAUGUCUUGAGCAAUGUGAUUCGCUGAUACACAUUGCAACAAGCCAACUACCUCCAACUCUAAAACAGCUAGAGAUAAGGCAUUGCGAGAAUAUACGGAUUUUGUUGGACGAGAAUGAUACCAAUAGUUGCUGUAGCAGCACACCUCUUAUUGAGUACUUGGAAAUUGGGAUUCCACUUUCAGAGUGAUGUCAAGAUUCGAAGAAAUUCAAGUUCCCUGCAGCCGUCCGGACGAUGUGUCAUCCCGUCCGGACGCUCAUCUGUCUACUGUUCCAUACGUCCGGACGAUGUGUUAUCCCGUUCGGACGCCAGACAGUCCAGUAUCAUACGUCCGAACGACGUGCUUCUUCCGUCUGGACAUUCUACUGUAUCGAGAAGUUUCCGUUCCAGCCUGCUCCGUCCGGACGUUUCAGCAGCAAGUCUGGACGCCCAUCAACACUCGAUCAGUCACUGAUUCUUUCCAAGUUCCAAGGAAGGGAAGAUCAAUCAACCGUCCGAACGAUGUGGUAUCCCGUCCAGACGCGUGUCUCCAUAAGGCAAGAAUCGCAGUUUAAAUUUGACCGUUCGAACGCGUGACAGUAGUGGUCCGGAAGAUGGUGCAUCGUAUAUGGUAACUGACGAUUCGACUUCAACCGUCCGGACAUUUGCUCCUCUUGGUCCGGAUGCACGCACAUCAUAUAUGGAAAUUGCAUGCUAAAGUUUAGCCGUCCGGAUGCUCCUGCCCCUUGGUCUAGACGUGCGAAGUCUGAUAUGGAAAUAACUUGCAGCGGACUUGCGACCGUCUGGACGAUCGAGCCAUCCCGUCCGGACGAUGUUCUUAUAUAGGAAAGAUUUCUCCGCGGAAAUUUUGGAAAUAUCCUGUCGCACAAAUGUUCGUCCAGACGUCCAUGGUCCUCCGUCCGGAAGGCUCCUAGGCAAAUUAUGCCUGACGCUUAUUCUGACCCUAGACUAUAAAUAGGGGUCCUUGGGCACUUAGAGCUGCAAGAAUUCGGUGUGAAUUCCAUUAGAGCUCAGAGACGUGAUAUCUCCUCUGAAGUCGUUUUUCAAGUGUGCUGCUCUACAAGUUGAAGUCUAUCUUAGAGGUCGGCUCUAAGGUAAGGAGUUCCAUUGAAGACCCCUUCAGGUAGGUGAACCUGGUUGGGAAGCGUUCGUGUUGGGUUACACGUCGGAGAUC